AUGGAGAAACCAUCAGCAGCUUCAGCAGGGGGAAAUAACGAUAAUCGAGGAAAAAGGACCCCUGUUGAAGUCCCUUGUGGAUGUAGAUUUGACCCAACCGAUGAAGAAUUGAUGGUUUAUCUGAGGAACAAAAUUAUGGGUGGUCGCGAUGAUUUGCCUGACUAUAUUUCCACCGCUGAUGUUUUCGGAACAAGCCCUAAUCAGCUCCCAUUUGAUAGGUGCGAGUAUAGUGCUGGAAAGAAAUGGUUUUUUUAUACCGUAGGGCAAAAUGACGAUGUGUUCACUGGAGAUGGUUAUUGGACCCCUACAUCUGAAGAAGCUAUCUGCAUUGAUGGUCAGGUAGAUGGUUACAAGAAAGAAUUCAUCUACUAUUGUGGAACGGAACAUCCUGGGAAUAGAACCAAUUGGUACAUACACCAAUUCAGGCUAAAUCCAGACGUGUAUGGAGCAAGUGCAGUUGGCAAUGUUGACUAUAAGAUAUCAAGUGUUGUAGCCUGCAUGGUAUUCCGUAAGGAAGUCGUAGUGCAAUCGAAUCGCAGAAAGAGAAAAAGAAAGAGAAAGAACUAG